AUGGCACCAGUGUCUUGUGUGUUGCGGACUUGUGGGAUAUUAAUUUAUUUUAUCAUACAAGUGCACGCUUCAAAGAAUUUAACUGUGAAACCAUGGAUAGUGUCGUUUAAAGUUGAAGCUAAAUCGUGUUUGGAUAAUAGAUGUAAAUAUUUAUUGUUUGUGAACGGUGGUGAGUUUUUAGGGCAUUAUUCAUGGAGAUUAACGCCUAGAGACGCUGAUAGAGGAAGUAGUUGUGAUUCUAUAUAUCCUAAUUAUGAAUUAAAUGAAAUCGAAACAGCACAGUGGUUUACUAAAGUAAAGAUUAUAGUGCCUAAAGUUAAUGAGAAAUUAUAUUUUUGUUUACGACACGAGGAAAAGAAAAAUACUCCCGUUGGUGGACAGUGGAUUCAUCAAGGAAGAGAUUUAUUUUUGCACCCUGAAGCUGAUGGGAUAUCUUAUAAUGAUGCCAAUGAAAGAUUAGAAUUAAAAGAAGAAAUUAAUAACCAAAGUACUUUACAAGAAACAAGCACAAAAUGGGGCGAUCUCUCCCAUGAUACCGACGUCAAUUACCUACCAAACGUCCCCCGGCCGACCAGAGAUGAAGCCAAUGACAUAGAAGUGUUCAUAAACAAUAAAUAUGUACCCCUAAACGAUUUGCGAACCGUGGAAAUCGAUAAAACCUAUGAAGGCAAUAAUAUCGAAAAUAUCGAUAGUGAAUUGUUAAACGAUAGACGAAAAAGAGAGAUUGUCAAAAGCAAAAACGAUGUAGUAGAAGUUAAAUUAGAUUAUUUGUUUCAAAAUGAAAACGCUAGUGAUGGGAUUACGGCUGAUCGUCAAAUUGGAGAUUGGUCUGUGGUCAGAAGUGAUGGGGUGUUGAUAGAUAUAGAUGGUCUGAGGGUCGAGGAUUCUGCUAAGGAGCCGAAAAUCAUAGAAGAUGGAAUACCAAGUGUGUUGUCAGAUACUAAAGUUAUAUUAAGAGUCUUCGGUCAGGGCUUAAGUGAGAGAACAGUCAUCGCGUUCACGCACGACCUGCUGCCGUAUGGGCAACCGUGCAAGUUUCUGCUUAAAGGAGAAUAUAUGGCGAAAGAAGGUUCCGUCACAGCGAAAUCCGCGUUAUUCGAAAUAACAGCUCCGUCACCUCUGUUAGCGUCAAAACUUUACAUAUGCGCGAAAAAUUUACAACCCGGUAUCAAUGACCCAUUCAAAGAUCAAGAAAAGUAUUUACAUCAAGGCACAGAACACUGGAAAAUUUUAGCUACACACAAUAAAUUGUUGCCUCUAUGGGUGUCGUUGACGCUUAUACUACUUUGUUUGAUGUUCUCCGCACUUUUUUCGGGAUUGAACCUAGGACUCAUGUCACUAGAUCGGACUGAGUUAAAGAUCAUAUCCAACACUGGCACAGAGCAAGAAAGAAAGUACGCGAGAGCGAUCAUGCCAGUUCGAGAUCAUGGAAAUUACUUACUAUGCAGCAUUUUGCUAGGCAACGUGGCUGUUAAUUCAACGUUUACUAUACUAUUGGAUGAACUAACGUCUGGUUUAUUUGCGGUGAUAUUUUCUACACUCGCUAUCGUUUUACUCGGUGAGAUAACGCCUCAAGCGAUAUGUUCGAGACACGGACUGAUGGUAGGGGCCAAAAGUAUUAUGAUCACAAAGGCGGUCAUGGCACUAACAGCACCACUAGCUUUUCCAGUCAGCAAGCUCCUAGACUACUUCUUAGGGGAAGAGAUAGGCAGUGUUUACAACAGGGAGAGACUAAAGGAGUUGGUAAAGAUUAUGUUCAUCCAGGUAACGACAGGUGUGAACGAUUUGGAUAAAGACGAAGUUAACAUCAUAUCUGGAGCCCUAGAGAUGCGCAAGAAGACGGUGUCAGAUGUCAUGACCAAACUGGAAGACGUCUUCAUGUUGCCCAUCACUUCUGUUCUGGACUUUGAGACGAUGUCGGAAAUUGUUAAAUCUGGUUACUCCCGUAUCCCGGUGUACGAGGGUUGCCGCACCAACAUAGUGACGGUGCUCUUCAUCAAGGACCUGGCCUUCGUGGAUCCGGACGACAACACGCCGCUGCGCACUCUCUGCCAGUACUACCAGAACCCCUGCAACUUUGUGUUUGAAGAUGUCACUUUGGACGUCAUGUUCAGGCAGUUUAAGGAAGGACACAAAGGUCACAUGGCGUUCGUCCACCGCAUCAACAACGAAGGUGAAGGUGACCCCUUCUACGAGACCAUCGGCCUGGUGACCCUCGAGGACGUCAUCGAAGAGAUGAUUCAGGCUGAGAUUGUGGAUGAAACUGAUGUGUUUAUGGACAAUCGUUCCAAACGUAAACGAAAUCGACCUCAAAACAAGCUGCAAGAUUUCGCCGCAUUCGCAGAGAGGCACGAGAACCAGCGCAUACACAUCUCACCACAACUAACUCUGGCCACCUUCCAGUUCCUCAGCACUAGUGUGGACUCCUUCAAACCGGACACGGUAUCGGAGACGGUGCUCCGUCGUCUUCUAAAGCAGGAUGUCAUACAUUAUAUCAAAAUGAAAGGGAAAACUAAGAGAGAGCUCAGUACAUAUGUGUAUCAGCAGGGGAAAGCCGUGGACUACUUCGUGCUGAUCCUGGAGGGUCGUGUGGAGGUGACGGUGGGCAGGGAGAACCUGGUGUUCGAGGCUGGACCCUUCACCUACUUCGGUGUUCAAGCCCUCGCACAGAAUGUUGGGGUCGCUGAGUCCCCCACCCCAUCGGCCAUGGGGUCGUUGCAGAACAUAAGCAUGGAGGCGAUGCUGCGCCACACCUUCGUGCCGGACUACUCAGUGCGCGCCGUCACCGACGUGUACUACCUGGCUGUGAAGCGGUCCCUAUACCUAGCAGCUAAAAGGGCCACCCUCAUGGAGAAAGGCGCUCUGUCCAAAGGCAAUGUCACCAAUGAGCAGUUUGACACUGAAGUUGAUAAGAAGUCUUCAAAAAUCAAUACAAUGGAGUUUAUGCAGAGGCAAAAUAUAUCAAAUACACCCUCAAGUUCUACUUCAAAAAGUUCUGGAAAAGAUGUAUCAAAUAAAAAUGUGCCAACAUUCACUUUUAAAGAGCCAGAUGAGAUAUCAAUAAAAUCCGAUAAUAUUAGAGACUCGUUCAAACAUAAAUUAAAUGUUUCUGAAGAAACUCCAACUUCUUCAAAAUAUUUGGGUCAAGAUUAUAUUCCAAAACGUUGGUCCCAAGAGUUUUUGUUAGAUGCCAAAGAUUCAAAAUUAUCAAAAGAUUCAGUGAAAGAGAAUUUAGAUAAAAAAAUGUCUGUUACAAAUUUAGUUGAUGCUAAAUUAGAUGACACUAAUACAUUCCCUUUAGAAGAUAAAAAAGCAAAAUCUUCAAAUGAAAUUUCAAAAAUAUCUAAUACAAGUCUAAAAUUAUCGAAAUCUGCCACAGAUUUUGAAGGAAAAAGUAAUAUAAGUAUUGUAGAUGAAAAAACUGAUAAAAUAAGCAAGGCUAAAAAGAAUUAUUACGCAAAAACGUAUAAGCGAAUGAUAUCUGAUGCGGAAAAUGCGCAAAAUUCCACGGACGAAAAUACAGAAAAAGAUAAAUCUAGACUGAAAUCUAGUAGAUCUGAGGCGGUCGUAGAUAAUAAUGAAUCUAAAAGACUCUCUAUUUCUAGUAAGGAUGAAACGAAAAAGGAUAAAAAGGCUCAUUUCCGUACAGACGAAUCGUUAUUGACUUUUCAUGAACCUGAUAAUAUUAGGGAAGUUAUAAAAAGUAUCGAUAGAUUGUAUAGCGAUGAGAAGAAAGAUAAAAUAAAAGAUAAAUCUGGUGAAAUAAAAAAAAGAGAACCAUCAGAUGUUGAAUGUAGGUGUGGCGUUAGUUACAGUGAUGAACACAAUGUAUUUGGUUCUGAGGAAAUUAACCAAAGACAAGAUGAGACUAAAUCGAGAAAUGGUAAAGAAGAAAUAAAUGAUUAUUUUGAUGAUAAACGCUUAAGCUAUUCAGAUAGACUGUUGCUACAAUCUGUGGACGAAGAUAUAAGUAUUAGUGGAGAACACAAAACUCCGUCGAGACAGGUGUCACCAAACCCCCCUGUAUCUGCUUCGCCAGUCACUCGAGCGUCCUUCGCGUCUCGCACUUCACCGGAACGCAACGGGGACGUGUACGCCGCCAGAGCGGAUGAACAGGAGAAAUUACUUAAACAU